GCAGAGGACCGCUGCUGUCGCCGAGGGAGCGCUGCGGAGCUGGUCGGCCGGAGCGGAGGCGAGGCGUCGCGUCGCGUCGCGUGAAGCCGCUGGCUUGAGGCGGUCCCCGCGGAAGCACCGCCGCCACCAUGUCUCGGGGCUCGAUCGAGAUCCCCCUCCGGGACACUGACGAGGUCAUUGAGCUUGACUUCGAUCAGUUACCGGAGGGGGAUGAAGUUAUAAGCAUUCUGAAACAAGAACAUACUCAGCUGCACAUAUGGAUUGCUCUCGCGUUGGAAUAUUACAAACAAGGCAAAACAGAAGAUUUUGUGAAACUGCUGGAGGCUGCUCGUAUAGAUGGAAACCUGGAUUAUAGAGACCAUGAGAAAGAUCAGAUGACUUGUUUAGACACCUUAGCAGCCUACUAUGUACAGCAGGCUCGGAAAGAAAAGAAUAAAGACAACAAGAAAGAGCUUAUUACACAAGCGACUCUGCUGUACACUAUGGCUGACAAAAUAAUAAUGUAUGAUCAGAACCACUUAUUGGGAAGAGCCUGUUUCUGUCUCCUGGAGGGUGAUAAAAUGGAUCAAGCUGAUGCACAAUUUCAUUUUGUGCUCAACCAGUCUCCAAAUAAUAUUCCAGCCCUUCUUGGUAAAGCAUGUAUUUCAUUCAACAAGAAGGAUUACAGAGGUGCACUUGCCUAUUACAAAAAAGCACUGCGAACCAACCCAGGCUGCCCAGCUGAAGUUCGGCUGGGCAUGGGCCAUUGCUUUGUAAAACUGAACAAGUUGGAAAAAGCUCGCCUGGCAUUCAGCAGGGCACUGGAACUCAAUUCCAAAUGUGUGGGAGCCUUAGUUGGAUUGGCUGUUCUGGAACUCAAUAAUAAAGAGGCUGAUUCAAUCAAAAAUGGUGUGCAGCUGCUUUCUAGAGCGUACACAAUUGAUCCUAGUAAUCCAAUGGUGUUAAACCACUUGGCUAAUCACUUCUUCUUCAAAAAGGAUUAUGGGAAGGUCCAGCACUUGGCCCUUCAUGCUUUCCAUAAUACAGAGGUUGAAGCGAUGCAGGCAGAGAGUUGCUACCAGUUAGCCAGGUCUUUUCAUGUUCAGGAAGAUUAUGAUCAAGCUUUCCAGUACUACUAUCAAGCUACACAGUUUGCUUCCUCUUCUUUUGUGCUACCAUUUUUUGGACUAGGACAAAUGUACAUUUACCGAGGAGACAAAGAAAAUGCAUCACAGUGUUUUGAAAAAGUUUUGAAAGCAUACCCUAACAAUUACGAGACUAUGAAGAUUCUUGGAUCCCUCUAUGCUGCUUCAGAGGAUCAAGACAAACGAGAUAUUGCGAAGGGUCAUUUGAAGAAGGUUACAGAACAGUACCCAGAUGAUGUAGAGGCCUGGAUUGAGCUUGCACAAAUCCUAGAGCAGACAGAUAUACAGGGUGCCCUUUCAGCUUAUGGUACAGCAACACGAAUUCUUCAGGAGAAGGUGCAAGCUGAUGUCCCUCCAGAAAUUUUGAAUAACGUGGGUGCCCUCCACUUCAGACUUGGAAACUUAGGAGAAGCAAAGAAAUACUUUUUGGCAUCUCUGGAUCGUGCUAAAGCAGAAGCUGAGCAUGAUGAGCAUUACUACAAUGCGAUCUCAGUCACGACAUCCUAUAACCUGGCCAGAUUGUAUGAAGCAAUGUGUGAAUUCCAUGAAGCAGAAAAAUUGUACAAAAACAUCUUAAGAGAGCAUCCAAACUAUGUUGACUGCUAUCUACGUUUAGGAGCUAUGGCUAGAGAUAAAGGCAACUUUUAUGAAGCUUCUGACUGGUUUAAAGAAGCGCUUCAAAUCAAUCAGGACCAUCCAGAUGCUUGGUCUCUAAUUGGUAAUCUUCAUUUGGCCAAACAAGAGUGGGGUCCAGGACAGAAGAAAUUCGAAAGAAUAUUGAAACAGCCAUCAACUCAGAAUGACACCUACUCUAUGUUGGCUCUGGGCAACGUGUGGUUACAAACUCUGCACCAGCCCACCAGAGACAGAGAAAAGGAAAAACGCCACCAGGAUCGUGCACUAGCCAUUUACAAGCAAGUGCUCAGGAAUGACCCAAAGAACUUGUAUGCAGCAAAUGGCAUUGGAGCUGUACUGGCACACAAAGGAUAUUUCCGUGAGGCUCGUGACGUUUUUGCUCAAGUGAGAGAGGCAACAGCAGAUAUCAGCGAUGUGUGGCUCAAUCUGGCACACAUUUAUGUGGAGCAGAAGCAGUACAUCAGUGCAGUACAGAUGUAUGAAAAUUGCCUUAGAAAAUUCUAUAAACACCAGAACACAGAGGUACUGUUGUAUUUGGCCCGAGCUCUCUUCAAAUGCGGCAAAUUACAGGAGUGUAAGCAGACACUGCUGAAGGCUAGACAUGUGGCACCCAGUGAUACAGUCCUAAUGUUCAAUGUUGCCCUGGUGCUGCAGAGGUUGGCUACCUCUGUUCUGAAAGAUGAGAAAAGUAAUCUGAAAGAAGUACUAAAUGCUGUGAAAGAACUGGAGCUAGCUCACAGAUACUUCAGUUACUUGAGUAAAGUGGGAGAUAAAAUGAGAUUUGAUUUGGCACUUGCUGCAACUGAAGCCAGGCAAUGCUCUGAUCUGCUGAGUCAAGCUCAGUAUCACGUGGCUCGGGCUCGCAAGCAGGAUGAAGAAGAGCGGGAGCUGCGAGCCAAACAAGAGCAAGAAAAGGAACUGCUGCGCCAGAAGUUACUCAAAGAACAGGAAGAAAAGCGCCUCAGGGAAAUGGAAGAGCAAAAGAAACUUUUGGAGCAGAGAGCCCAGUAUGUGGAGAAGACCAAGAAUAUUUUGAUGUUCACUGGGGAAGUUGAAGGAUCAAAAGAGAAAAAACGUGGUGGAGCUGGUCGGCGUUCCAAAAAAACUGGGGAAUUUGAUGAGUUUGUCAAUGAUGACAGUGAUGAAGAUCUCCCAGUGUCAAGGAAAAAGAAGAGGAGGAAGGGCAGUGGCAGUGAACAAGAUGGUGAGGAAGAAGACGGAGAGAAGAAAAAGAAGAAGAGGCGAAGGGCCCAGAAGGCAGAUGACGGUACUGAUGAUGAUGAAAAUGAGACCACACCCAGACCUAAAAAACGCCGCCCAGCCAAGACUGAGAAGAGAAGAAACGCUAAGCCAGAACGCCUGCCUCCUUCAAUGAAGGGGAAAAUUAAAUCUAAAGCAAUCAUUUCAUCAAGUGAUGACUCAUCUGAUGAAGAGAAACUCAAAAUUGCUGAUGAUGGAAACAUCAGGAACAGCAACAGUGAUUCAGAUGAUGCAGAGGCCCCUCGCAACAAGCGCAUCCUGUCAGACAGUGAUUCUGAUAACAGUAACAAGUCUGGUAGUGAGGGGGGCAGUCCUAGGCGAUCCAGCGCCCGCCCUUCAGAGGAGGACUCAGACAGUGAUGGAUCAGCAAGGAAGAGGAGACGGUCCGAUUCUGAAGUGUCUGACAACGAGUCAGUGCGGUCAGGGAGAAGCCAGUCUGUGCAGUCAGGGAGAAGCCACUCGGGUGGUUCUGAGAACGAAUCCCGCCCAGCUUCACGCAGUGCUGAUUCAGACAGAGUAUCUGAUAAUCAGGGCUCAGGUAACGAGUCUGAACCAGAGGCAUCCAACAAUGAGGGAUCUGAACGAGGCUCCUAUGGUGGAUCAGAUGACAGUGAUUAGAUUUCAGUGACUGCCUGUUUUUUAUAUAUAAACUGCUUUGUAAAUAGAUUUUGGCUUGUGAGCGAGUGAGUGGAAGAUACAGGCAUCCAUCUUUUAUAUUUGAAAACAUGAUUUAAAAACUGUACAACUAUGUUUUUGGAAAAAGUAUUAAAGUUGAAACAUUUCCUAUAACAUUUUUCUACUGAAAUAUAUACUUCCUAGAUCCCUGUGCUCCUCUAGAAUACAAUGUUUACAUAAACUCUGUACAUGAGAGAUCAAGAAUGCUGUAUAGGAGUUUAUGAAGCUUUGUCCAGGUGACAUAAGUUGGUAAUCCCGCAUCCAGUAAUGCCUGCUUAAGACUCCCUGAAACAGUACUUAAGCACAUUUAACUGGGUGGAAGAGUGUAGCCCAUGCUGUCUUGCCUAGUGUGUUGUAUUUGUUUUUAAUACAUACAUACACAGACACACACACACACACACACACAUACAUAUAUAUAUAUGGAAAGGAAUAUUGGUAGAACUCCAAGAAUUUCUCAAAUGGCAUAAAAAUGUUUGGGUUUACAAAGCUAUCCUGGCUAUGUAGCUCUUAUAAAAUAUAUUUUUAUGUUCUGUUAAAAUACAUAUGCACUGUAGAGAAAUUCCUAAAAUUGAAAGCAAACAUAGCAAAUAAUGCUGCAAGAAUGUAGAGAAAUGGCAGAUUUAUGACUUGGCAUAAUUUUUUUUAAAUUAGAACCUUUCUUGGUGUGGAAAGAUCUGCCUAUGGCAUUGAAUAAAAGCUGUUGCUACCAUA